CAGGCUUGUCUCAGAAAAGCGAAGAAAUUGCUGAGAUUCUUGUCAGUUAGCACAACAAUUUUAGCACAAUGACACCUGCGGACUUUCUCUUCUGUCUGACAUGUUUGUUCGUAGGAGAAUUGGGUCACACGGCUGCUCUGAAAUUCUCCACAUCGGUUUUUCAAGACACUGGUUUUAAAUCUGUUAAAACUGGGGAAAACCUGACUUUGCACUGUUUCUCUGAAAGUGAUGUUGCUGCAAGAUUUUACUGGUACAAACAAACUCUGGGACAGACACUGAGGCUUAUAUCUUCCUUCUACAAGUUUGACAACAAUGCAACCUUUUACAACGAGUUAUACAACAAUCCACGCUUCACUCUGGUGACUGACAGCGGUAAAAAUCACUUGACAAUUGCAGAUCUGCAAGUUUCAGACUCGGCUACCUAUUAUUGUGGAAGUAGCUAUUCGUACAAGUUUCAGUUUGCUGAUGGAGUCACAGUCAAUGUCCAUGGUGCAGACUCCAGCAUCCCGUUUCUGGUGCAUCAGUCAGUGUCUGGGAGCAUCCAGCCAGGAGGCUCUGUGACCCUGAACUGUACAGUACAAACUGGGACCUGUGAUGGACAACACAGUGUUUACUGGUUCAAAGACUCUGUAGAAGCUCGCCCAGGAUUUAUUUACACCCACGGAGACAGAAAUGAUCAGUGUGAGAGGAAACCAGACACACAGACACACACCUGUGUCUAUGACCUGCCAGUGAACAACUUAAGUCUUUCUCAUAGUGGGACCUUGUACUGUGCUGUUGCGUCAUGUGGACACAUUCUGUUUGGAGAAGAACCCAAACAGAGCUUUGAGGACAGGGUCCCUUCUUAUGACCUGGUGGUGUACCUUCUGAGCGGGGCUUUAGGAUUCACCGUCAUCCUGAGUGUUUUAUUAACCUUCUUAUUGUGCAAGAUCAAAGAAACAAACAUCUGCCAGUGUACAGCAUCCCCUUCAAAGGUUUCAACCUCUUCCACAACCAAUUCAGAGAUUCAGCCAAAUAAAGAAACUGUCCAUUAUGCAGCUAUAAGGCAGCAGACGACCCGAAGAUCGAAAAGACAGGAGAAUAAUUGUGAGUCGCAUUGUGUGUACUCAAAUAUCAAGGAAUAAUACUGUCUGUGUUGUAUAUGUGAUAUUGCAUAACAAAACGCUGAUAUUAUAUCAAUAGUUUACAUUUAUGACUAUAUCAUGAAAGGUCUCUCUAUUUCUGUGAUAACCAUCCUUUUCGUACUUUUGUCAGUAUUGAAUGUUAAAACACAUGUUGCUAAAUAACAAGUGAAUCUAAUCAGCUUUUGAAAUGACCCCACCAGUUAAUGAUAUUGGGAAGAACUUGCCAGAUCUUAGUAGAAUGCUGAUUUUUUAGAAGGUUUUUAAAUACAAUAAACUACAUGUAUUGGU